CGUAAGGGUAAGUGCGACAAUCUCUCAGGCUGAUGGGAAGCUCUUGAUAUGGUCAUGUCUCUGCCAAGGGUGGACUGCUGAUUGUCGGGCUGGGAAGAGAAAACUUCCCGGGUACGUAUUUAUAGUAAUAUUUGUUUUGAUAUGUGUAGCUUUCAAAUUUGUACGAUACCUAUAAAAACCCCCAAAUCUGAGGUAGACUGUUACGCCGAGGAUGCUUGACUGGAGGGGUGCAUCCAGUCUUUUAGUAAUGAACUCAGGAUACCGGGCACUCUCCUGUUUUAAUUAAUGCCUUCUCAAAGUAUGGGGCUCUGCUUUGGGUGACUGUUCUUUCCCUUAUAUUAAACACUGUAUAUGGAUAAUAAACUAAAUAUACCAAUUAAUAAUAUAAUUACAGAGUCAGAGGAAGAAGCUCUACUCCGUUCGCCAACGAAGGUUGGAGGAAAUCUUGAAAAGAGGCUUGAAGCAUCUCUCAAGAUUCAGGAUCUGGAUGAUCUGAACCCAUCUGCUCAGAGACCAAUGGUAUCAAGCGGUGGGAACACCUCUCCGGUGAUUGACACCUAGAGUCCUAUGGACACAGGUGACCACGAUGGCGGUGCGUCUAAUGCUAAUACCCAGAGCAUGGUGAACUCAGGUGACGGCAACAUAGAGACCAGGAAGAAAGCGGAAUACUUCACCGGGGCUCAGAAAAGACGCAUCAAGGCCAUGAUUAGGGAUGGAUUGGAUUUGGAGACUGCGAAGCAGAAAGAGAGAGAGCGAUACUCUCUCUACAAAGCUUCCUUGGCAGCAGAAGGAGAAAGUGACAGACCCAGUACCAGCAAAAGGUGCAGAUCUAAUAACACAUCUCCCGAAGAAACACAACGCCCGCAGCCCAAAAAGCCAAAAGCCACUCAACACACAUCUAGCUCUACCGGAAACCAGCUAAAACCGACUCCAUCUUACAGGGAUGUAGCCAAUGCUUGCAAAGUGGCUAUCGCCCAUGAGAAAUAUCCGGAGGUGAAUCUCACUGGUGACCAAAUGGAGUUGAUAAAAUCGAAGCUCCUGGAAGAAAUUGACAAACUUCCCAAGCACAAUAGUGUCUACGGCUUCAUCACCAGUGUUAACAGAGACGGAUGGCUCUCAUUAACAUGCUGCAAUGGUGAAACGAGGAACUGGCUGACCACUUGUGUCCCAAAACUCAAACCAUUCCCGGAUGCUAUUCUCAAAGUGUUUCAGGGCGAAGAGAUGCCCAAAACCUAUGUGUGCAUCACAUUUAUUCCCCCCUCUGCUGUGCUACCACCAGAAAUUCUGAUGUCCCGAUUGGAAAAACAAAAUGGUGGCAUUUGCACAUCAUCGUGGAGAAUUCUCAGGACUGAGAAAGAUAAGAAUGGUGGGGAAACCGUUACGAUCUCAGUGGACGAAAAAUCCAAAAAUUGGAUAGUCGGUCAGGCAGGGAAGCUGUAUCUGAACUUCACACAAAUUCACGUACGUGUGAAGGGAGAGCCAACUGGACCCAAGAAACUGACGAGAAAAAGGCCAUUUACGACAGAGAAACCCAGUGACGUCAAGCAACAGGUGCCUCCAUCCAAAAGGCCGCUUUCAGGUGAUAGACCCAGUACCUCAAAAGCACAGGCAGAUAAGCCAAGUGAGACGGUUAAGGUCACACGGGACAGCACCCGAACUGAAGUCGGACCCAGCACCUCAAAACAGCAGGGUGGCACACCGGUAUCUAGCAUAAAGGACCAGAAGCAAGGGCCAAAGAAACCAGCUUCAAGAUCCCCUCGACAGGAAGCACCCACUCAUGGGACAAAAUUGCCCAAGUGGAUGCGGAACGGUAAAGGACGAUACCAAUAAAAUGAUGAGGUGCCUGCAGGUUAAUCUUCAACACGCCAAAGCUGCUACGGCGGUGUUGACACAGCGACUUCUAUCUGAAAAGAUUGACCUAGCCUUUAUCCAGGAGCCAUAUGUAUAUGAGAACCAGAUAAAGGGAAUAAAAGCACACCAACAAGGACCAGGUAGCAGCUAUAAUUUCUGUGGACACCCCAGUAAGUAAGACAGAGCUCAUUGUCUGCUCAUCUUACCUA